AUGCCCUUGCCUCUCUUCUCCUCUCCUUCAACCACAAGACUUGAUUCAAGAAAGCCACAAUCCUCUUCUGAUCAACAUCUGUUCCAUGCAAAUGCAACAGUAACACAACAACAAGUGAUGGAUUCUUCUUCAUCUUCUAUCCACACCAGCAACAAGCAUAAUGAUAAUGAUAAUACUGUAAAUAAUAACCAAGUCGAAAACAUGAAUAUUUUUGAUGUUGAAAGUGUUCCAGUGUUGAGAGAGCGUGUACGUUGGGAGUUACCCUUCAUUGAAAUGGGAGCUCAUUUUUCAGCAUGUGGGAGAUAUCUUGCUGCGUGUGUUGCAUGUAUGCUUCCUCAGUUUACAGGUGAUUCAAUUUCUAAGGUACAAUCACAACUUCAUCAUCAAGAGGGUAGGAGGCCUGGAACAUCUCCUACAUGUCAUCCUAUCUCUGCACGCCAAGUCAUCUAUGAACUCAGAAUAUAUUCACUUGAGGAGGCAACGUAA